UGUAAACUGCCAAGUUAUUGGGUUUCUUCUUGUUUCACUCCAAUGGCUUAUUGAUGUGCCUGUUACAUAACGGCGGUUUCUAUCUGGUUAACCCUGCAACAAGAGAAUCCAAGAAACUUGCAGAGAUACCUGAUGUCGGAAAAGGGUAUUAUUCCAGCCUGCGUUGGUUUUGGUUUUGAUCACUCCUCUGGUGAUUACAAGGUCGUUAUGUUGUCAUAUUUGGAAGGUGGAAUUAUGUUCAGUGUCUACACGUUGAAAACUGGCUCUUGGCGAAUGAUUCAAUGGCCAUAUCCCUACAAAUUUGACCGCAUGCAGAAAGGGGUGCUUCUGAAUGGAGCCCUUCAUUGGUUGUUGAUGGACAGAGUUGGAGUUGAACAUCGGUCGUCGGUGAUUAUAUCUUUCAAUUUAGCAGAGGAGAAUGUCCGAGAAAUUCGACUACCACUUGCUUCUAUUGAUACGAGAGAUUAUAUUGUCGGGGCCUUCAGAGAUUGCUUAUGUUUAAUACAUAGUGGUGCUGAUGGAGGAAUGCACAAUGAGUUUUGGAUCAUGAAAGAAUAUGGCGUGAGGGAGUCUUGGACUAAAAUAAGGAGCCCCAUCCCAUAUUCUGCAUUACGACACUGGUUUCUGGAAGAAAAGUCAUGAUCUCUUGGUGUUCAGGGACCGAUUGCUUUUGUGCAAUUCUAAUGGUCCAAGAUUUAGGAAUCUUUCAAUCUCCGGAUUACCUGAAGUUAAAGAAGUUGGGAUAUAAUUGGAGAGCCUUGUUUCCCUGAAUAAUAAUGUUGACUGAGGACAAUGUUUAAGUACGUAGGAUAUAGAGGAGGAUGUUAAGAAGAUGAACUCACUUCAUCUGUAUCUAUGGCUCCAAAACAUGGAAUUGUCAUUCAUCUCUACUAUUUUCUUCGUAUUCAAUUUCCUUGGGGAUGA